CAACUUUUUAUUCUUUCUAAUAAAGACGUUAACUGUAAUUUCUCAAAUUGACUGCGUGGUCUGAGAGUGAAGGACUAAUGUCAGUACCAAACUGAAUAGGUCGCUCGCCGGAAUCCGGGAAGCAGCCGCCGGCGACGAUUACCAAUUUCCUCAUCGCAUAUCUCUCUAUAGUUAUAAUUCAUCUGAAUAACCUCUCGCAGUAUUAUCACAGUCGAUAUAUGGAUAGGCAAAACCUAGCUUCAUCGUCCUCUCCCGAUAAUGGUGCCACCAUCAAUCAUCCCCCACAACGAGAUGCUUGGGUCAAUACCUACCGGAAUUCAAUUCCUCAAUGGCACUCUCUUGCUACCUCACAGCAGUCAGUGAUCCCAAUUUCAAUAUCCAGAGUUAAUCAGGUAGAUGCUGGCAGACUGGACAUUGAAAUGUCAGCCAUGCUAAAAGAGCAGUUGGUUAAAGUCUUCUCUUUGAUGAAGCCAGGAAUGUUAUUUCAAUAUGAGCCAGAACUUGAAGCUUUCCUUGAGUUUCUAAUCUGGCGAUUUUCUAUCUGGGUUGAUAAGCCUACUCCUGGUAAUGCUCUCAUGAAUCUGAGAUAUAGAGAUGAACGUGCAAGUGAGAUUAGAGGAAAAGUGCGAACUGGAUUAGAGGGACCCGGACUUACUGCUGCUCAAAAGAUAUGGUACUGCGUUGCAACAGUCGGUGGUCAAUAUAUAUGGGCCCGUCUACAAUCGUUUUCUGCUUUUCGGAGAUGGGGCGACUCUGAGCAGAGGUCUUUGGCACGUGGAGUAUGGCUGUUAAUGCAACGGAUGGAGGGGAUCUAUAAAGCAGCGUCUUUUAGCAAUUUACUUCUCUUUCUUUACACAGGAAGGUACAGGAAUCUCAUUGAGAGAGCUUUAAGAGCUAGACUUGUUUAUGGGAGCCCAAAUAUGAACCGAGCUGUGAGCUUUGAGUACAUGAAUCGUCAGUUGGUGUGGAAUGAAUUCUCGGAACUGCUGCUCUUGCUUCUUCCCCUUCUCAAUUCAGCAUCUGUCAAGAGUUUCCUUCGCCCAUUCUCAAAGGACAAAUCUUCAGAUUCUUCAGUAGAUGAAACUUUAUGCCCCAUCUGCCAGGGAACCCCAUCAGUUCCAUUUCUAGCUAUCCCUUGUCAGCAUAGGUACUGUUACUACUGUCUUCAAACAAGGUGCUCUGCAGCUCCAUCAUUUCGUUGCCCUAGAUGUGGUGAACCAGUUGCUGCUAUGCAACGGCAUGGUGGUUUAGUCAGCAACAUUCCUCAGAAACAAUGAUUGUUCUGCAAAAUGAUGUAAAUGACAAAAAAGGGAAGCUCAGUUAAACUAUAGAUCAAAAGUGUCCUAAAAGACAACUUGACAAUGGAACUAGCAACUAGGUAUCUAGAUUCCUUGAUAAAGCAAGUUGUUCUGCUUUAUUGAGUGCUUUAAAUUUUUUAUUAGUGUGGUUGUCCCUUUUCCUUUA